CUUUUCUUUGUUCUUCAAAAGAAAAAAAAAAAGAUCAACUUUUUUUUUCUUUUGUGCAUUUAAUUGUUAUAGGAUGUCUGUUCCUCCAGCCAUUACUAUUGAUCGGGAAAAGGUUUGUCCAUUUCUAUUGAAAGUAUAUAGUAAAAUAGGUAGUCAUCACAAACCAUAUGAUUAUCAAAUUACUCGUCAACCAGUAGAAGACGAAAUACAAUUAUAUACUUGGAAAGAUGCUACAUUAGGUGAACUUGCAUUACUUCUUCAAGAAGUGGUACCAGAAGCUCGUCAUGUUGAUGCUCGUAUUGCCUUUCGAUUAGUCUAUCUUGAUGUUCGUACAGGAAGGUAUGAACAUACUGAUAUUGGACGUGUGGUAAAUGCUGAAGAAACUCCCGAUCAGAUGAAAACUUUGGAUGACUGUAAAUUCUUGAUUGGUGAUUUCUUGGAUGUGGCUAUUUAUAUGGGCCCUAAACCUAUGCAACGUGGCAAUGGAAACCGGUUUGAUCGACGUCGUAGUAGUGGCGGUGGUGGUGGUAAUAGAUAUAGUUUCCGUGGUAGAAGUCGUUAUUGAUAUUUAGUUAUUUUUUCCCUUCCUUAUUCAUUCUUUUUAUUUCAUCCUUUUGUAUAUUUUUGUCAAUAAUGAAGAAAAAUACAUUCUUUGAACAUGUUUAUGCCUUUUUUUUUUUUAAUGUAUGGACCGGAGAUACGUUUGUCA